AUGCCGUGUGGGGGUGGUGUGAGGGCCCCUCUGGGGUGGGGGCGGUGUGAGGGCCCCUCCAGCGUGGGGGCGCGUGGGGGCGGUGUGAGGGCCCCUCUAGCGUGGGGGCGGUGUGAGGGCCCCUCUAGCGUGGGGGGUGGUGUGAGGGCCCCUCCAGCGUGGGGGCGGUGUGAGGGCCCCUCCAGCGUGGGGGCGUGUGGGGGCGGUGUGAGGGCCCCUCUAGCGUGGGGGUGGUGUGAGGGCCCCUCCCGCCGUGGGGGUGGUGUGAGGGCCCCUCUAGCGUGGGGGCGGUGUGAGGGCCCCUCCAGCCGUGGGGGCGGUGUGAGGGCCCCUCUAGCGUGGGGGCGGUGUGAGGGCCCCUCCGGCCGUGGGGGCGGUGUGAGGGCCCCUCUAGGGUGGGGGCGGGGUGAGGGCCCCUCCGGGGUGGGGGCGGGGUGA